AUGUCGACGACAACCGCCAAGCGCAAGCGUGCGAGGAAGGCAUGUAUCCCAUGCCAUCAGCGCAAGCGAAAAUGCGACAACGUCUAUCCUUGUGGCAUGUGCACCACCUACGGAUACAACUGCAGCUAUGCCGAGAAUAAUACCAGCGGUUCUAUGGACCGCGGCGUGCAUAUUCCGCCUCCAGCCAAGCGUGUCAGUCUCGACGGUACAAGUCGUCUGAGUAGGACCGAUAUGCGGCGAGCACAUCACUAUGGCGAUGACUCGUUGGCCAAGAGUCCCACCGUCGUGGCCGGUGCCUCCCCGGGCAUCUUUGACGAGUUGAAGUUCAGAUACGCCGGGGCAUCGGCGUCCAUGGCAUUCCCGCACAUCCUGGGUGUGGCUCUCGGUUCCGACAACCCUCCAAAGAUGCGGUCGUUCGCUUAUAAUUUUGGCAUUCGCCCGGAGGAGGCAUCCGGUGCUCACUGCUUUCUGGGAAGUCUCAUCUCGGAGGAAGACCUUAGUUUUUUCUCGGAUGCGUUCUUCUCGGUAUUGGGCCCCAUCAUGGACGUGAUGGACCCAAUGAUCUACACGCAGCGAUGUCGGGACUAUUACCGUAGUUCUGGCAGCAACAACGCCGCAUUUGCCGCCGUGGCUGCUGGCAUCGCUGCUCUGGGAUCGUUCCUAUCUCCUAAUGGACACCCGCGGGAGUCUGACCUGGUGCAGUACGCGAAAGCCAUCCUUGAUGAUCCGGCCUCCAUGCGCUUGCAUGGUAUCGACCACAUCGUCGCAUGGGGCAUGCGAGUGCUUUACCUACGCGCAACGACCCGCCCCAGCAAUGCUUGGAUCGCUUCGUGCACGCAGAUGCACCUCUGUGAGGCGAUCGGGCUACAUGAGGAAGAGAACAUCAAGAAAAUAGCGUCCAUCGCUGGCGCUGCUGUCGUUGGACAUGACGCGGACCGGCUGAGGAGAAUUUUCUGGAUCUCGUGGGCCGGGCAUAACAUGCUGUCCUAUGAGUACGAUCGUUCGCCUGUAGCAUUUCGGGCUGUGACUUGCCAGCCUAUCAUCUCCAUACCCGGGUGCGUUGCCGAUCAGUUCGUACAGCUGAUCCAGAUCAUUCCAUCGCCCAAUUCUCCGUUCCAGCUCGAACUGCGCCCUCCCAAUCCCAGUGAAGAGCUACUUGAGCGCCUCAAGGCGCUGAAUGAGCCACAAUUUACCCAUCCGUUCCUGUUGGUGACGAAGGCGGACAUUGCAUUUUGCUUCUAUCGACGACUUUACCAGCUCAAGACCCGCAUACCAGACGAUCUCAUUAAGUUUGUCAUUGAUAGUGGCAACGCCGCAGUGGAGGCGGCCGAGCAGCAAGCUAGCCAGGGCCGUCUGUUCUGGAACAUCAUCGGCAGCGUCUUCCAGUAUACCUGCAUCCUGCUGGCCAUUGACACGCCCGUGGCCACCACCCACAUCGGCACCGCAUUGAAGGGCUUGGAGAACCUUGUCAAGGCUGCCGAUACAGCACUAACGCGGGAGGCAUUGUCGAUCGCGCGGCACCUCCUCAGCCUUCAUAUGGCAAAGAAGCGAAACGAACUUGCUCAGCUAGAAGCUGUCGAGGCGGGCUAUGAAUUCUUUCAGACACCGUCGGCCUCUGAGGCCAACACUGCUGUGCCAGAUAUGGAUUGGGAAGUGGAAUGGGAUCAGUUCUUUAUCGAGCCAUAUAUAUCUAUGCUCGGUCCAGACAUCCAGUUGUAA